AUGGAACACUUCCAUGAACUACAGCACCCGCUGUUGGCCAAAACCCCUGGGACGUUGACCCUCCAGAAUGAGAUGCUAAGCCAAGCAGGUCACCAGGGUCAUUCCAGAUUGUUCUCCCACCAGGCUUUCCCUGACUUUCCUUGGUUCCACCAGCCUGGCUCCAUUCUUGCCAACCAGCUUUUGGAUCCUGUCAACCUGCAGAGGACGGUGGAGCCACACCAUCCUUCCGACCCGGCACUAAACCCUGAGCGAUGGAAGGCAAACAACCCCCAGGGCUGGAAGAAGAAAGAUUACAUUGAAACAGCCUUCGGGGACAGAAAGGAGGCUGGAGAGCUAUCCCGCAAGGUGGCCCUCGAGAAGGAUAUUCACACUGUUUGCUGCGAAGUAGGUGACACGGAAGGGCUGGAACUUGAGAAUGAUUCCUCGAGCGAAAGCGAUUCGGAGAGCGAGAGCAGCUUCUCCACACUGCUGCCGCAGGAUUACCUGGGCCUGGCUGUUUUCUCUAUGUUGUGCUGCUUCUGGCCACUAGGCAUCGCUGCCUUCUACCUGUCCCAAAAGACCAACAAGGCGUCGGCGAAAGGGGACUACCCCAGAGCAUGGAUGGCUUCCCGCCAGACCUUCACGUUGGCUGUCCUGUCCAUCAUCCUUGGCAUAUGUACAUAUGUCGGGGCGGUGGUGGCUCUCAUCGCCUACCUCUCCAACAAAGCGCCAACCUAG